AUGGCCAUACCACGUGUAAGAUAUGGAACCCGAGGAUCUAAAAGAAAGCGCCAAAACGACAAAAGGAGAAGCUCGGUAAAUCCUAGUCAGAAUCAUCUCCUGGAGCUUGUUCGGCAGACAACUUCUGAAGCUCCUCAGAUAAACGUUGCUGCUCGCGAUACACCGAUGAAACGGAAAUAUCCUCCUCAGAAAUGUCCAUACACUACAACAAAAGUAGGUUAUAGGGACACUUUCUUGGGACACUUUAGUAAAGCCCAGCCCAAAUACAAAAAAAAUCUGAUCUCCCUGCUCCAACCCCCUCGCAUCCUCUUCUCCCUUCGCUCAAACCCCAUCGCAGCCUCUUCUCCCUUCGCUCAAACCUCCUCGCUCUCCUCCUCCUCCUCCGCGGCGGCAACCGAUGAGCUAGGGUUCCGGCGGCCGGAGUUCGGCCGCAAGGAUCUCGCGGGGACCGUCGUCGGAGGAGUAAGCGCCAAACGUCGAGGCGACGACGGUGGUGGGGAAGCAGGAGUCCGGCGACCUGGUUGUGCUCGCGGCGGCAUCGAAGGCGUGGAAGGGGUAGACGGAGAAGAAGAUGCUUUUGUCAGAGCCCGUUCCUCAAAACUCUGCCGGUGGGAAAUAUUCAUACGUAGAGAGAUGUAUUUGAUUUCAGGUGUUGGAUAUUCUGAAGUAUUUGCUGUUGCUUUUGCGGUCCUUGCAGCGGGUGCUAUAAUUCUCACUGUCAAUGUUCUUCUUCUGGUUUCAGACGCAUCUAACGCUCGUAAUAUUCAUCCACAACCUCAUUGCCCUUCAGGUUCAACAUCUUAAUUGCCGAGCUCACUACGACUGGAUCUGAUAUGAUAUUAUUAGAUUUUGUUUUCAUUUCUCCUUCUCUUGGGUUGAAAAGCUAGAAAUUAUUGGUACUGUGAUUUAGUGACUAAAUACUCGUUUAAAAAUAUAUGGAUAAUACCUUGAGACAUUUUGGUAUUAAUUAGUGUAACUACAAAACUUCUUUUAUA